GACGUUACAACCCACAGUAACACUCGUAAGCUUCCAAGGGCGCGAUGCACCGAACGCCUCCAGUAAAGAUUCCGGUCAAGUUCCUCUAGCUUCAAUCUUCAAGUCCGCUUGGUCGCUCUCAGAGAAGUGAGCUUGCCACAUCUGUACCCUUUCCACGAAUGCCACUUCAAUACCCUCAUUUACCAAGAUUGCAAACUUUCAUAGUACAGCUUACAGGGCCUGUUCUGCUUCUCAUGAGCUUCUUUGGCUCCAUCUCAGCCAACAUUUCAGGUGCUGCCAUUACUCUUGCGGUCCGCUCCCACCCUCGACUCCCCUAUCCGCACGAGCAUCGAACCAGCCACCUCGCAGCUGCCCAAGCGAGCCCUCCCGACCGUACCCAAGGGCAAAGACGCUACCAGACUGCAUGUGUGGAUCGGCUCAGAUGAGCGUCCAACUACGAAUGACGACCGCAGUGGUGCGAGCCACGAAGGCCUUGAU